AUGGGCAAAGAUGGUGUACCUCAGAAGUGGCACUGUAAGACCUGCUUGCAUCCCAAGUCGGGCAAGCCCUUCCUCAAUUUUGCCGAGAAUAAGAAGUGCUUCAACUGCGGCAUCGCGAAGUCGGCCUGCUUCGGAGGCCACGUCGUCCCGGCGGUGCCCUCCAAGCGGGCUCCUUGGCUCAAGAAGGAUGCCUGGGCCAAGGGACCGCCGGCCACAGACGGGGAGCUCGCCAAGUGCCAGGCCCAGAUCAAGCGCCUGGAGGGCGAGCUCAAGAAGGCCAAGCAGCAGCAGAACUCGGCCAGUAAGGACGGCAUGUGCUGGGACGUCGACAACGAGUGCGAGGCCGUCCCUGAUAAGGAUCGCCUGGCAGCCAUUGACAUCGAGCUCGGCACCAUCUCGGCCUUGGAGGGCACGGUCUGGACCCAGAUCAUGGCUGACUUGCGCGCGGAGCGGCAGGCGAUCGAGCAGCGCAUGCUCGACUCCCAGCCGGUGGCCUCGAGGCUUCGCACGCUGCUGCGCAAAGUCGACGAGGCCGAGCGCCAGUUGGUCAAGUCCAAGAAGCAGCAGGAGGGAUGCCGCAAGCGAAUCGUGGAGGCCGAGCAGGCGCUCAGCGAGUCCGACUCCCGCGUCGCCGAGCAGGAGCAGCUCCUUGCGAAGCUCAAGGCUCAGCAGGCGGCGUUGGCUGCCCAGGGCGUGGUGCUUGCGGCGCCUCAGGGCGCUUCGGCGGCGCCGCCCAUUUUGCAGCUCGAUUCGGAGAAGGUUCGGCAAUUCUUGGCGCAGGGCCUCGACGAGCUCGGCGUCCAGGUGCCCGACCUCUCGGGCUUCGCGGUCAAGCUUUGCGAGCGCGUCCCGCAGUGCUCGCAGCAGACCCUCGUUCGUAUCGAGGCGCCCGUGGGGCAGGCGCUGGCUGGCAUUGCAGGCGCGCCUGGCGACGAGCGGGAGUCCAAGUGCCCGAAGGGGAAGAGGAAGUUCGUGCCCUUCAUGGUAAGCUGCGGCACGCCUUUGGAAGGCGACAGGGUGGUCAAGCCUCUCCGGCUUUCUCGCCUAUGUAAGCCCUUUGUGAUGCUGCUGCUGGCCAUGGUGUCCUUCUACUUCAUCAUUCUGAGCGAGUGGCAGCGCCUGGAUCUGCCA